AUGAAAAUAACGUCCCUCUUAUGGCUAUGUGCCUUCACCUUGCCACAGUAUGUGUGCUCUGAAACAGAGGAAGAAAGAAUCGCAGCUCGGUUGGAACGAGGGUAUCAAUGGCCACCAAGUGAUUCGGACUACAAGCCAAACACUCCAGGCUGGAAGAAACUAUUCGAACAUCGUCUUCGACAGGUCGAAGAGAUGGAAGACAAAUCUAGUCGCUUCGAAGCAUACGUUCAGACAUUGAGUGCAUCCAUUGUCCAACCAAAUUUUACAGAACAUGGCUUUGGACUUGCACGGGCUCCAGACGAUCUUAUGGACGCCUUAAGACAGGGCAUCUAUGAUGGCCUCAAGGCAGGCCCAAGAGAAGAGGCGCACUACCCAGCCAUUGCUGGCAAAAGACCAUGGUUCAUUGACAGACCAGAUUUGAUGACUAGAGUGCUAAAGGAGCUCCAACAUUUUCCUGAGGCUUGGAGUAACAUGGAGCUGACCCCUGAGAUCGCCUAUGGAUUUCGCUUGUAUCGUAACCAGUCAAAUUUGUAUAUGCAUGUCGAUAAACCAGAGACCCACGUGAUUAGUUUCAUUCUGCACAUCGAUUCGAGCGAGGACGCAGAACCGUGGCCAAUCUUGAUUGAAGACUACCAUGGAACAACCCAUGAAGUAAUUUUGAAAAGCGGGGAUAUGUUGUUUUAUGAGUCUUCUAAGUGCUUCCAUGGUAGACCACACACAUUUCACGGCAGCUGGUACUCUUCUGUUUUUGUUCAUUAUUAUCCGAAAUAUGGCUACAAAGAAACUUUCAAUGACAGAGAGAAAGUUUGGGCACUUCCAAAUCACUGGCAAGACGAUCCAAAAACACAUCAUGAGGCCCCCAUUGUAAUGCAUGGGACGACUUUUGAAGAACCCUCCUGCCCUAAUGGUUGGUGCCAGACUAAGUGGACGAAGAAAUGGAGUGGCCCUGGGAAGGACGGCUAUUGGAUAGCGCCAUCUGGUGAAUCUUUUCUUUUCCAACCAAAACAACAAGCUUGCGAGGAUUAUUCUGAAAAAUGUAGUGAGUGGGUAGCAUGGGACACAAAUGAAUGCAAUAGAAAUUCUGACUAUAUGCUCAUUCACUGCAAGAAGAGUUGCAAUGUCUGUUCAGAUAAUUCCGAAGCAGAGCUGUAA